CUCCUUCGUUGUUUCUGAUGCCGAGAGAGUAGAAUCCCUCGCCCGCUCUCUCUUUCUCUUCUCUGCUACGAAGCUCCAAUCUCUCUCUCUCUACCGGCCAUUUGCUGCGAUGUUGCUUUCUCUGUCUAGAAACCCUCCGAUCGGAGCUGGUGUCGGCUGUGAUGAUCUGAGCUGAUUGUUUUUCCGUUUGAUUUAUCGAUUUUGAAGGUUUGGAAGGGUUUGGUUGUGGUCGGGAGAAAUGUAUAAGAACCAGCUGCAGGAGCUGGCGCAGAGGAGCUGCUUCAACUUGCCGUCGUAUUCGUGCAUCAGAGAAGGUCCUGAUCACGCGCCGCGAUUCAAGGCGACCGUGAACUUUAACGGCGAGACGUUCGAGAGCCCUAACUACUGCUCCACGCUCCGCCAGGCUGAGCAUUCUGCCGCCGAGGUGGCGCUCAAUGCUCUCGCCAACCGUGGACCUUCCCACUCGCUUGCUGCGAAGAUCCUGGAUGAGACAGGCGUAUACAAAAAUCUCUUGCAAGAAGUUUCUCAAAGAGUGGGAGCAUCAUUGCCUGCAUACACAACAUUCAGAUCAGGCCUAGGACACCAACCUGUCUUUACAUGUAUUGUAGAGUUGGCAGGUGUUACAUUUACUGGUGAGCCAGCAAAAAAUAAGAAGCAGGCUGAAAAAAAUGCAGCCAUGGCAGCUUGGUCAUCCCUAAAAUUAUUGGAACAGCAGUCUGAGAAUUCAAGUCCAGAUAAGGGCAGAAUUGAAGAACAGGAGCAUGUUACUGUAGCACGUGCUUUGCAAAUAUAUCUGAUCAAAGCAAAGUUGGCUGGAGUACCGUUCCCAAUCAAUUUUCAGACUCCCAAUUCAAGGCCAUCGAGUACACAGCAAGCUCAGCCUACAACAUCGAAAAUACUUCCCCUAAUACGCCCAAGAACAUCCCAUCGCAGUAGACCUGUCAGUCCACUAUGCUCAAGAACCACGGUUCAAAGCAGGCUGCUGAAUUCAACUAGUAAUGAGACAUCCUUGUGUUCAAAUACUGCUGUCAUAAGUGAUGGCCUCUCAACAACCAUGGAAAGCCACUGGGCUCGACCAGUCAAGUCUCUGGCAGCUGGUGCUGCACCCUACAUUCCUGUUCGGCAUUUUAGCCCACACCAUAGAAUUGCACCUCCAGUGACUAUUCGAAAUGCAAUUCCAGUUUUCUCAGCACCACCACGCCCACUACCUUCUCAGUCCCAAAGGAAUAUAAGGCCUCCAUCAAUGGGUGUGGCUCCAUCAGUGUCUGUUAGACAGGUUGUGCCAGUGUAUGCUUCUCCUCUCCCAGUUCGGCCAGAAGAACUACCCAUAUCAGACAGAUCACAUAAAUUAAAGGAGCCGCCAUCACCUAAACUUCCACCCGUUCAGUUUAAGGAAGCACUGGAUUCUAAAGCACCAGAAAUCCAGGUAAAUCCCCAUCCCCCAAAAGCAGCACCAGGUAGAGCCGAGGGGCCAACAGCAUCCCCCGCUUUAGGUUCUCAAGUCCUCCCAUCGAAGGUAGAGGAGCCACUCCCUGUCAUUCCUGGAGCUUUGCCGGUUCAAAAUGAUCCACCAGUUUCAAGGACAUCCACUGACCUUGGAACCACCCUAAUAGCUCCAAAAGAAACAAGGAUUGCAACUGAUGAUCAACUACAGGAGUCUCUGGAAAUCGAGAAUUUGAAGAAGCUUAAUAUCUGAUGCCAGUCAGUGAGCAUCACAAACUGCCGAACAUUCGCUAGCCUUUUGUACUAGAUCUAUUGUCAAUGUAAUGACUUUUCAUUUAGGUUUUAAUCUUUCAUUUCUCAUGCGUUUAUAGUC